CCUUUGGAAGAUUGUCCUGCUUGGGGCAGUUGUUGGAGGACUGGACCUGGCGUGGCCAGACUCUUGGGAUGACUUACAGCCCAGCUUCCCCUCGGGACUUGUACCGAAGCAGCCCCUCUACCCCAGAGCCUGACCUGGGGACCAGCACAGAUGGGGCUGCUUCAGAGAGCGCCACCCUCAGUCCUGAAACUACCAGUUUUAACAGCACCAAGAUUCCAGAUGUGGCCAGCAGCGGGACCAACAUGGGGACAAUGUUACUAUCUUUUGGAAUCAUCACUGUGAUUGGCUUGGCCAUGGCAAUGGUUUUGUACAUCAGGAAAAGGAAGAGGCUGGAGAAGCUGCGGCACCAGCUUAUGCCCAUGUACAACUUUGACCCCACGGAGGAGCAAGACGAGCUGGAGCAGGAGCUGCUGGAGCAUGGGAGAGAUGCGGCCUCCGCACAGGCCUCUCAGAACAAGAUCUUGCUGACGAACCAGGGCCCGAUGCAGAGACCCAGCCGGCUGGUUUUCACUGAUGUGGCCAACGCCAUUAACGCUUGACUGGCGUCGGUCCUAGUCGUGGGAUGCAGCUGGGGCAAGGAGGACAACGCCCUUCACUGGCCAGCACUAACUCUACUGAUGGGAGCCCAGAGCUGGCUCUGUGGGGAAGGUUUCCAGGACAUUUCUAUUUCUAGCCCACACAGUGCUGCCGGACCUGCAAUUUAUAAAGCUCCAGUUGGACAUAAAAUUGGCACCACAGCAUGUGGAGAGAUAGUGUGCCCAUGAUAUAGGACAAAAAUGGGACCUGAGGGGCCUGGGCCCUCUCUUCAGGAGGCAUCAACCCACUCCACAAUUUAUGGAUUUUCUGUACCUCACCCUGCCUCUCUCUUUCCCCUCCUCCCACCCUUCCUCCCUAUGCUUCAGGCAAAUCACACCGAGGUAAUACCUGGCUUAAACUGAUGGACAAAGAAGUUGGAAUUUAUGAGAACAACAGGCUAAAAUUUGGGUCAAGCUCAGUGGUCAGCUUUUGUGUGUGCAUGUGUGAAGCUGAAGCCAUCAUACCCACAAAGCCUUUCGGUCCUUUCCUCUUACCUUGUCCCCAAAUGGUAUAUUACCUAUUCAACAAAAGAAAGAGGAAAAGAGGUGAAGGGGGAAAGGGAGGAUAAAAAUAGUAAAGAAAAAGAAAGGUCAGCAAAAGAUAAAGGAGAAGGGGUGAACGGGAGAGGGAAGGAUAAAAACAGGAAAGAGAAAGAAAGGGAUAGAGAAGGAGAGAUGGAGUGAGGGAUAGUUAGAAGAGGAGAGAGAUGGAGAAUAGAGAUAGAAAAAAAGACAGAAAUGGGAGAGAAAGAUUUAGGGAAAGCAAGGAAGGAGAGUCUAGGCAGGCUUUCAUUAGAGCCCUGAUCUAUGUCUGGAAUCCCUACAUGCUUGGAACAAGUACUUCCAUUUUUUAUGGAAAAAGUCUCUGUUGAGUUGAGUGGGUGGAUCUGGAGUUAGUCAGAAAGGGAAACCAGUGACUCAUGGAAAGGCUCCCUUCUGCACCCCCCACCCCCACUCCAUCCCCUAUUUAAGGCUCCUGGGAUUGAUUAUGAGGCCAAUAUAGAGUUGUAUUUUUAGAGGGUAAGACAUUUGGGAUCUUUAUUUGUACCCCUGAAGAGUCAAAGAAGGGCCAAAAGACAUGUGGAACAAUCAAAGGCAUCAGAACCAUCUACCUUUCAGACUCACCAUUGAACAGAUGGCAUGUGAACACUUCUGGAUUAGCAUCUGGACUAGACUUGGCUUGGAAGAGAGACAAUUUCUGUGAGAGUCUAUGCUGACUAUUCCAGAUAAUCUAGCUGCACCAUUAAUAAAUGUCUGGGGUGUGUGUAUGUGUGUGUGUGUGUGUGUAUGUGUGUAUGUGUGUGGGUGCGCAUGCAUGUUUCUAUGUAGAAGCAUAUAUGCCUCUGUUUUUGUAUGUGAUAAAACAUACAAAACAACAACAGACAUGUUUGUUGAACAUGUACAUAACUGUUCGUGUGCCUGUAAAGACCAGAAGAUCAGUUUUUGUUGCUUUUUUAAUUCCCAAAGUAGACACUUAAUGAAUCUAGAAUAACUUCCCCUUAUGAUUCUGGUGGUGCUAUCAGAAUAAGACUAUUUCUUGAUUCUAGGUUGGGUGGGAAUGAGCAGAUAGUUGCUUCCUGCCAUCUGAGCAGUCGUGGGAACUGGGCUAGGAGACAACUGGAGGAGGUAGAGGGAUGGGAAGCAGAAGCCAGCUCAGGUCUAAUCUCCAAAGGGCAAUGUUAACAUUCUGAUGAACCUUUCCCCUUUCCUCCUUUAUGGAGCAAGAACACUCUUCAAAAGGCAAACAUGUUUGCACCAUGUUCUCUACCCACCUUUCAAUAAAUACUGCACUCAUAGCUGCAGACCCUUAAAAUUGGGGAGCCUUUACCCCACCAGGAUUGGGAUAGGGUGUUGCUGAUAGCUCAGAAGAAAGGGACGAAAGGAGGUCUUUGGAAAACACUCUGCAAAGCAUCUUGCUUGUUUGUUGGACUGACUACAUUAGAGCCAGACCUUCUACUCAGGGAGUGGAUACCCAAUUGAAUUCAACUAAUGCAAUUCAAAAAAUAUCCAUUAAACAUCUGCUGCCCUGUAAAGCUUUGCUAAGCUUUAGAAACCAUAUCCAGUUUAUCUAAGACCUUGCCCUUCAUGGUGCUCAGGAUUUAGGAUAAGAAAAAGACAUAAACAUGAAUAAUUAUAAUGAACAAUAUUUCCUUUUUAAAUAGUAUUUUAUUUUUUCUAAUUACUUAUAAAG